GGAUGUUAAAAGUCCGGUUCUGGAACCGCAAAGUCUGGGAGCUGGACGAAUUGAACUGCAGUACCAAAUCAUUCCCAGACCUGGUUCAAGGACCGAGUUCAGAACUGCGGUCCCUGACUGGGUCCUCAAAAUGCGGUCCUGUAUUAAGAGAUGCGCGUGGGUUUGCUGUGGGUAGGGGUAUGAAUCGAUUCUGA